UCACUAGUAGACUGCUGCUGUGUGGCGUAGUCGAGCGAAACCAGCGAAAAAAGUAAGACAGUGACGGCGUCGUAUUAUUCGAAUGAUUUUGGCUAAUGAAGGAGAUUUUUGCAUAUUCGAGAUUGCGAGUAGUACGGGUGGUGGCACAGUCACAGUGUGAAAGGAGAGACCCGGGAGCUAUUUUUAUGGGGUCGUCGGGCCACAGUGAAACGGGAGUGAGUUCAGUUCAGUUCCUGAUUCCGGGUGAACACUUUGGAUAAUUCGAUGAGGGCAUGGGAGGUGUGAUUUUUCGGGAAAUUGAUGGACCAGUCGAUGGAAUUUUUGCGACUGCAGCGGUGAAGACUGUGGAAUGUGAUUUCAUCGGAGGAGUGUAGAAUCGAUUUUCUAAUUCAAUGAAUGACUAAGCGUUGCUUUCACACGAAACCAGAAGUUACCGAAAGUCGAUUGGAAAAUCAAUCAAGGUGCAGUUUCUCAAUCAUAAAGUGAAAGAGCCCAAAAUGGUCUACUAAAACAAGUCGCGGCAAAAAUAGUGAAACUACGAAAGAAGACUACGACUGAAGCUAGUGGUGGGACGAAGACAUAGCUGUAGUGAAUAUUUUCGUCGUAAAACUAAGCAAAGCGUAGAUCAAGAAACAGCUUUAGGUGGUGCCGUCUGUAUGUGUGCAUGUCUAAUAAGUGUGUAGUGCCAACCAGUCACAGAGUAGUAGAAGUCAGCAAAGCGCCACCGCCGGAGGCAGUUUCGGGUCCAAAUAUUACAAGUACUUACCUUUAGCUUGACAGCGAGUGAGAUAGUUCAAGAUUGCAACCAAGCAGACAGGGGAGUACAACAUCAGAAGUGAGUCGUGAACCGACGGCAGGCAACAUCUCGCCCAACUUCGAAUGAAAUUAUUCGAUAUCAAAUAAAUCGGCAUAAUCUGGUACCCCUUCAUUCAACUGCCUUGAAAGCUACAAAGAGGACAUUUUGCCCGCUCGUGUCGGUGUGCUACCCCCUAGAUACACCCAUACGAUACGGCCAAAGCUCCAAGUAGAAUGAGAACAGCUGGGCGCCGCCGCUUGGUUCGGCCCAGUGCGUCAUCACCAUGAAGCACCGGUUGUCGCUGGACAUCGGCGCACCCAUCACUUAUGGCACAACAACCAUGGACAUCCGUUGUUGCAGUUGCAGUGUCAGAGGAAGAGUGCAUACGGAGGAGCAUUUCCGUCCCGUGGGCAGCAGUAGCGGAGCAUGCAGCAUUAGCACCGGUGAAUCAAUAUCGUUCCGCGACGCAGUGGCAGCAGUGGUGGUAACCGGUCUUGAUUGAAACAAAAACGUGCAAGUGUGAGGAAAAUCCGGGGAAAAUUAGAAUAAUAUGAAAAUAGUUGAUUCCAAGCCAAAAUAUAGUUUAGUGCAAUUGAGAAGAAAGAAGAGAAGAAAGCAUAUCGCUCUACUAGUGUGCCCGUUCGGGGAAGCAAGAUAGAAGAAGAGAGAAUCUGAGUGAGGGCAGGUGUGGUUGAAAAAUAGUUGUUUAUUGUGAAAAUAGAACCACACAAAUAGCUCGUUAGAAAAGAGGAAAAAGUGCAAAGUGCUACCCAAGGGUGAGGGUGUUGAUGUGUGCUAGCGCUACAAGCUAAGAGUGAUUGUCGUUUUGGGAAAUUUUGCGUUGAACGGCAGAUAGAGUAAAAAUAAGUCAUCGAAAUGACUGACCAGAAGAAAGUCCUUGCAGGGCUCAACCUGUCCAGCCUGUCAGUGAUCUCAGCGUCCGCCCGGUUGCGCGAGCUCGAAUCGCUCAUCAUCGACAAUGUCACCUCGAACAACAACCUGAACAGCGCCGGCCUGUCGUCGGAGAAAUUCCUCUCGAUCGAAACGCUGCUCGACUGCCUGCUGGUGCUGUACGAUGAGUGCUGCAACUCGUCCCUCCGGCGGGAGAAAACCGUUUCCGAUUUCAUCGAGAUGAUCCGCUCGGUGGUGCAGUGCGUCAAGCAGUUGCACCUCUCGCGGGAGGACUUCGAGGUGCUCAAGGUCAUUGGCCGCGGGGCAUUCGGCGAGGUAUGCGUCGUCCGGAUGAAUCACACUAGUCAGAUUUACGCGAUGAAGAUUCUGAACAAAUGGGAAAUGUUAAAGCGUGCAGAAACGGCGUGCUUUCGUGAGGAACGCGAUGUGCUGGUGUUUGGUGAUCGAAGAUGGAUUACCAACCUGCAUUAUGCGUUUCAAGACGAUAUCAAUCUGUAUCUGGUGAUGGACUACUAUUGUGGCGGCGAUUUGCUUACGUUGUUGAGUAAAUUCGAAGACCGACUUCCGGAGGAUAUGGCUCGGUUUUACAUAACCGAAAUGGUACUCGCGAUAAGCAGCAUCCAUGAGUUGAAGUACGUUCACCGUGAUAUCAAGCCCGAUAAUAUCGUUCUGGACGCUAGUGGGCACGUGCGGUUGGCAGAUUUCGGAUCAUGCCUGAAGCUGGGACCUCAGGGAACGGUGCAAUCGAAUGUGGCAGUGGGGACACCGGAUUAUAUAUCACCGGAAAUCCUGCGGGCCAUGGAGGACGGUCAGGGCAAGUACGGCCCAGAAUGUGAUUGGUGGUCAUUGGGAGUUUGCAUGUAUGAAAUGUUAUUCGGCGAAACACCUUUCUACGCCGAAAGUUUAGUGGAAACGUACGGGAAAAUUAUGAACCACAAAAACUGCUUCGACUUUCCCAACGACGACGAAGAGUUCCAAGUUAGUGAUAAUGCAAAGGAUCUAAUUAAGAAGUUAAUUUGUUCGCCCGAAUUCCGACUGGGUCAGAACGGGAUCGAAGAUUUCAAAUCACAUGCGUGGUUCGAAGGAAUCGACUGGGAUACGAUACGAAACGGCCAGGCGCCGUACAUACCUGAGGUUUCUAGUCCAACCGAUACGUCCAACUUCGAUGUGGACGACACGGACAUAAAGUUGUCCGAAGCGGUGCCUCCAAAGACGAAUCCCGCCUUCUCAGGGCACCACCUGCCUUUUAUUGGGUUCACGUUCACCAAGGACAGCUGCAUAUCGGAUGUGGGGAAACUGUCACGUGCCAUUAACAACUUAACUAAUAGUCAAUUACAACAACCGUUAGCUCCACUUAAACUAGAUGGUAGUCAACCGCGGUCCGAAGAGAAACGUCUCAGUCCGGACAGCACCCGGAAGCUUCAGGAUGAAAUCAACAUCCUGACCAAGCGGAAUUGUGAGCUGGAAAGUCAAAUUAAAAGCUUCGAGCGACAGGAAUUCGCCGUCCGAAGUAGUGGAAACUCUGUCCUAGGAGAUACGGUUGAUGGCCAGUUAGAUGCUAAGUUGAAGGAGUAUGAGAAAAUCAAUCGCCAGCUGCGGCAGGAGAAGGAAGAUCUGCAGAAGGAGCACGCAGAUGCACUUGAAAGACUGAAACUACAAGAUAAGGAACUGAAGGAUGCUCUUGGCCAGCGGAAGUUGGCGAUGGCUGAAUACACCGAAGUAACCGAUAAGCUAUCGGAUUUGAGGCAGCAGAAGCAGAAACUAUCCCGUCAGGUCCGCGACAAGGAAGAGGAAGUAGAAGUUGCGAUGCAAAAGGUCGAUACACUUCGAAGUGAGCUGCGAAAAACGGACAAGUCUCGAAGGGAAAUGGAGGCUAGGAUGCAGGACAUAUUAUCAGAAGUUACCAGAGAAAGACAGUUGCGGGAGAGAUCGGAAGACUAUUGUCGGCAACUGCAAGCUGAACGAAGUAGAAGCUCUUCCGAUCUGGGGUCAUCCACGUCACUAGGAAUCUCCUCAUCCGAUUCGAUUCGGUUAGAGAUCGAUCGGUUAGAGGUCGAAUACAGCGAGAAAAUCAACCUGCAACAGACCCGGUAUAAUGCGGAGAUUUCUGCACUACGAGAGCAACUCACUGAAGCGGACAAUCUUCGGGAGAUGCUACAAAUCGAGUUGCAACAGGCCCGCGAAAAGCUGGAUUCGACGAGAUUGGAGUCGCUUACCGAUUCGGAGGAGACUAUCAUGGAGCUGCGCAAGCGGCACGAGCGCGAGAAGAAGAUCCUGCUGGAUGAUAACCGUAAGCUGAGCGCCGACAGGGAGAUACUCAGCGAGCAGAAUCGACGUCUGCAGAACGAACGACUGCAAAUGGAAAGCGAUUAUGAGGAACUAAGGAAUAAACGCCAAGCAUUCAGUCAGUGGGAACGGCAGAUUUCGGAGAUCAUUCAGUGGGUAUCGGACGAGAAGGAUGCGCGCGGCUACCUGCAAGCGCUGGCCACGAAGAUGACCGAGGAGCUGGAGUUCCUCAAACACUCCGGUUCGCUCAACCACAAUACCAGCGACAAGAACUGGCGCAAUCGGCGCUCGCAGAAGCUGGAAAAGAUGGAACUGCUCAACCUGCAGAGUUCGCUGCAGAACGAAAUUCAAGCCAAGGCUCUUAUUUCGGAGGAGCUGACGCGAACCCGGACGGAUUUGGUUGCCGCUCAAAAGGAUCUCCGAGAGGCACGUCAGAUUUGCGAAUCGUUCGGUAGUGAAUUGAAGCGCAAAGAAGGCCAAAUCAAGGAUCUCCAACAGCGACUAGAAACCAAUGAAGGGUUUCUGGAGAGACCUUCGUCGCAGAUGUCCUAUCUGGACCAUUUCCUGAAAGAAUCGCGCGACGGUUCCGGUUCGACAACGCACACAAACUCCACCUUAGCAGUGAAUAUGCCGUCCCAGCAGAAUAGUCAGCACGUAACAUCCACCAGUUCGUCGUCGAACAACCUCACCAACACGCCGAUGAAUCAGCAUAACCAGAGCCUAUCCUCGCUGCACCAACAGUUGCAGCACCAGCAGGUACAACAGCAACAGCAGCAGCAUCUUCAGCAACAGCAGCAGUCCCAUACGUACGGUAAUCAGCAGCAACAGCAGCAGCAGCAAGGGCACCCGAUGCACCAUUCAAAUUACUCGAUGGAGAGCGAGGAGGGUGACGUCGAGGAUAACCGCGGUCAUUCGCUGUCCAGCUCUAAAAGCAACUUGAGCGAUCAUUCGCUGAGCAUGCACAGCGUGAUGAUGCCGAAGCAGAAGGUGCACCAGUUCCUUGUGCGAACGUUCUCUAGUCCCACCAAGUGCAACCAUUGCACCUCGCUGAUGGUCGGCCUCACCCGGCAGGGCGUAGUGUGCGAACUGUGCGGCUUCGCCUGCCACAUGAUCUGCUGCCAGAAGGUGCCCACGCAGUGCCCGGUGCCGUCCGAUCAAACGAAGCGACCGCUCGGUAUCGAUCCGACCCGCGGCAUCGGUACGGCAUACGAGGGCUACGUGAAGGUACCCAAGCUGGGAGCGGUCAAACGGGGCUGGGUGCGGCAGUUUGUUGUUGUUUGUGAUUUUAAGCUGUUUCUGUACGACAUCUCAGCGGACCGUAGUGCAUUACCAAGUGUUCACGUUACUCAGGUAUUAGAUAUGCGUGAUCCAGAAUUCGGAGUCUCCGGAGUUCGGGAGAGCGAUGUCAUUCAUGCAGCUAAGAAAGAUGUUCCUUGUAUCUUUAAGAUAACAACCUCCCUGAUGGAUGGUGGUCCCUCGCUGCAAACCCUAAUGCUGGCGGAUACCGAAUCCGAAAAGGCAAAGUGGGUGGUGGCGCUCAGCGAAUUGCAUCGAAUAUUAAAACGAAACAACCUACCAAAUACGGCUAUUUUCCGGGUGAAAGAGGUGCUGGACAGCUCACUGUCGGCGAUCCGCAGCGCAUUGAGUGCGCUUAUCAUUGACCCGGACCGGAUUCUGCUGGGCACGGAAGACGGCCUAUUCUGUUUGGAUUUGGAUCGGAGUGAAAUCGCCCGGAUAGGGGAGAGUAAAAAGGUGUAUCAGUUGUGGUACAUCGCGGAGGAGCAGUUGUUGGUGAUUCUUUGUGGCAAACAGCGUCAUUUGAGGCUUUUGCCAAUUCGAGCGUUAGAAGCGACGGACGUCGAAUGGAUUAAGGUGGCAGAAUCCAAGAACUGCAUAACGGCCUGCACGGGAAUAAUCGAACGUGGACCACAACCAGUGUACUGCAUUGUGAUCGCGUUAAAGCGACAAAAUACGUCGCAGAUUGUGGUCUACGUGGUAAAUCGGAACAGGAGUCGACAUCACAAGAUGUGCGAGUUUACUGUUGCGUACCCGGUGCAAAGUUUGCAAAUGCUUUCCGAUCUUCGGUUAGCGGUGGGUCAUCAGAGCGGUUUUACAGCGUACUGCCUGCAAGGAGAGGCCCAAGCAAUGCCUCUUGUUCAUCCGGAGAACCAGCUGAAUAACUUCCUUGCGUAUUCCGGAGUUGAUGCAUGGCGAGUUAUUGAAAUUCAGUCUGGGCAAGGAUCAAAUGCUCAUGGAGAAUACCUGCUGGUGUUUCAAACUUUAGCCAUUUAUGUAGAUUUACAAGGACGCAAAUCACGUGAUCGUGAAAUUAUGUAUCCAGCAGUACCUACCCAUAUAACUUAUUGUGAUGGUCAUCUCCUAGUCUACUCGGAAACACAUCUUGAUAUAUUUAACGCGCAAACCGCCGAGUGGGUUCAAUCAAUUGGACUUAAGCGGUCCCGUCCACUGAUAAACAACGGAAUUCUUUCGCUGACGACCCUAAAUGACGCUGCCCAUGUCAUUUAUCUGGCUAACAUGCAUACACGAGAGCUACUCAAUCUCGCACCAUGUGAUCGUGAUGGUAGACUAAAAUCUAAACGCUUUUCAUUGCGUAACGAAGGCAGCCGUACGAUACGAACUAGCACCGAUCGCCGCUCGAAAUUGAUUUCGGCUCCUACAAACUUCAACCAUAUCUCGCACAUGGGCCCAGGAGAUGGAAUCCAAAAGCAACGGUUACUCGAUCUUCCCACCACAAUUGAAACGGCAGAUCAAAAUAACCAACAUCGAGUAUCAACGAUGCGCCACGCUCCGCCACCACCGCGAGCUCCUCCACGUCCCAUGAUUCAUCCCCACAAUGAAGGUUCUAAUAAUUCUUUCCCAGGUGCUAAGCGGACGGCUCCGGCCCGACCACGGGAUCAACCUCCUUCUUUACCACGAUCACCUAGUCCACUCGGGAGUAUGUCUUCACUGCAAGAUGUUUUGAAGGUGGCCGAUAUGCAGUCCGAGUCGCGACACAGCGUAGCCAGCAACAAUUCUAGCUCGGUGUCGACACCACCCUCGCCAACCAACGACCGGCUCAGUUCCAGCUACGAUUCCUAGUGGUAAGAAAGCUCAUUUCAGUAUGAGCCUAUAUUUCAAAACAAGUAGUGAGGAAUUUCACGAACUCGCGGCGCGUUACAGUCAGUCAGUAUAGCUAAGCGCGCUUCUGUGCUUAGAGUGUCAUGUAAAUGUUUAAGUUUCUACCUAACGUGUCGUUCGUUUGUAGGCAUAUCUUUUUCUCUGUUACAAAAACAAAUUGCAUAACACAAAAUACUCGUAGGAUGUCAUAUUUGGGUUUCUUAUUUUACAAGGUUUAAUUUUUACUUUAAACUUUUUUUUUUACUUUUACUCUCAUUAAGUAUUCAAAUUUUAUUGGAUUUUUAGUGCAAAAGCGAGCUUUCGAAACUAAUUGAUCUCUUUGAUAAUACAAAAUCGAGCGUGGGGGUUCUCACCGGAAUUCUACUAAGACAAAUACUAUAUUUAUGAAACGGUUGUGUUACUUUCGAAAACGGACACAAUCAAGGUCCUGAACUCUGCAAUAACUCUUAAACUACUAGCUAUUACUUACUACUACUAUUAUAAAUAACUAAUUGAAUCAUGGAAAUCAAAUUAUGUCAUUUACGGUUGGAGAAGCGGGAGUUUCGGCGAAAACAUCGUUGUGCAAUAUCAAUAAAAGUAGGCAUACGAAUGUGGACAUUUUGAUGUAGCGAGAGAUUGAGUAUUCAAAGGUACUAGAAGGAUACCAUUAAAGCAUUGAUUCAUCCGUAGAAUAGAGCGUAACAGUUCCAGUUUUAGAAACACAUCCUAUCGCGGUAACUAAAUUGUCUUUUAACCUUUUCUAUCUUCAAACAGAAAGUCAAACAUAAUGAAUUGAGUUUGAGUAAGACCUAGUGCAACGAGUUCAUAACAACAAAUAAUUUACGAACUAAUAAACUAAAAAGGAAAUGAGUCCCGACACUAUGAAUUAAAUCCAUCAAACAAAUCACUUCGUAAACAAAGAACGUGCAGCAAACAGAUGUGCAGCGCAAAUCGGUUGAUUUUUGUAUUGGUACCCAGAAUGUCGUGUUUCCUAAAUGAACCAAUCGUUUUUAAAUUAGGCAAUUUAAUUUUUGUUGGAAUUAUUCUUUCGCUCACUUGGCUUACUAUUAUCGAUCUACAAAGAACAUAAUUUUGAAAGAGUUACCCUCCACCUGCCAAUGAUUCAAAUAAUAGCACCCACACACCAUGGUUUGGUUACUCAGCUGUAAGCAUUGGUCUACGUACGAGCAGUUAAAACGACCUUAAUUGAAAUCGACACACGUUAUUUAGUAAAACAGAACUCAUCUUAUAAAAUAUAACAUUAGCUCAAUGAUAGUUUUCUUUCAAUAUUUGCAUAUUAUCAAGGACGAGUUAUAUUAAACAAUAAGGUAAUUUGAAAUUACAUCCAAAGUGGCGAAAUUCGCGAUACUGACAUUUUGUGAAACGACAUUGUAGACACCAAAACUAAUAAUCUAAUCGGUUCCACCAAUUAAACUUCACCGAGAUAUCUCCUAGCGUAGAUUUUGUCAUUGUAUGUAUGAAGAGGUUCUCGGGGCUACACAAACCUGGUUCAUUUGCAACUUUAUCAGCCAUCGUACCGGAAGUUAUAACAGUUAUCUAAACGACUCAUAGAUCGGACGACAUUUCGUUUUGGAAAAACUGCCGAUCUUUCACCUGUAUGUGUCAUUCUACCAUUUAGACGUUAUUGCCAAGGGUAUUCCAUUGUAGAUUGUUCAUCCCUUACACUGAAUGCUUGUCGUCCGUACUAAUAUGCAAAGGGGUUUGAGCAUCGUUUAUUUUGUGCUAAGUAAGCUGAAGUAGAUAGGUAACCGGCAGUCAAUAUACGAGAGAAAACAAAAGAAAAUCAGAAUCAAAUUUAUCGCUACCUUUAGACGCAAAAAAAUCAACUACCAUAAAACAUAUGAAACAACUGAUACAAGCUUGAGCAGGAUCAGCCAUUCGGCUUCUUGUGAAGAUGAGCAAACGAAAAUAUCGUUGAGCAGAUAUAAACUGAAGACAAUAUCUAGUAUUUCCGAUACAGAUUUACUGUAUUUGUUAAUAUUAUACAAACAAAAGAAAACAAACUUGACAGAGUAGCUUAGCAAGUAUAAAACGCUAAGAACCAUGUAAAAAUGAUACUAAUACCUUAAGUAAAUACAAUUAAAUUAAAUUUCAUUGUUUCUUCGUUGUAUAAAGAAUGACACAUUUUACCACUGUAUAAAAAAAUCUCACACUUUCAACCACAAACUAAUUUAAGCUAAUUUUACAUUAAGUCGUAAUUUAUUUGACCUAAUUGAAAUGAAUUUCCGUUGUAUAUCAGAUUACAACGAACGGUCCUUAGGUAAAAAAUCGGCCGUGUCGAAAAGUAUUUAUUUACAACCCAUCACCACUUUAACGCUUUGUAAUUUAUUCUAAAAUCAUCUCUAUUUUAAAUUCAGGCUUUGAAAUUUGCUUAUUUUACCUUUUUUGCUCCCUUACAAAUUGUUGUAUUCUCUUUAGUUCAGAAUAACAAGUUUACAAUUUGCUGCUAUUAGCAAAGCUACCGCCACCACAUUGAUAUCGUCUAAUGAGAGAGCGACAUGUUACAAUAAAAAAAAACAAACGAAAGCGACCUCCUUAUUUCGCAAAUCUGUGGGUGAAAGUAGUACCACGCAAGCAAUUACAUAAUAUAUUCAAACGAUGACGUUAGAAAAAAAAACGAAAUUUUCGGUCGAAAGUUAGGGCGAGGAAAAAACAACAACGUGGAAACAUAUACUUCACUAAUAAAUAAGGUUAGCAGUAUAUAGAAUAUACCGAAAAUUCUAGUGUUUUAUAAAAUUAUAUUAAUUGUAAAAUUACCGCGACAAAAUAUAAUAAUAUACAAGUACUAAAACAAAAGAAAAAAGAAAUAA